UUUUUGGUACGCCAUUCUUUGACGUAUCUCUCUUUGACGUACUCCAAAUAUAUUUUGAGAGAAUCGAUUGGCAUAGUUUAAAUAGGUUAGGGUUUGUGUAUGAAGUCUGUGUGUUCUUGUAAAAUCCUAGGAUAUAUGUAAAGAAGAUCUGAAAAAUUUUCAAUUCUUCGGUUCGGUUCUUUGUUACAUUCCGACAAACCUCUUCGAUUUUUUUUAUUUUUACAAUUUUUUUUCAAAAUUUUUUUAGAAGUCGUCCAAUUACAAAUAUUGAUCAAUUAAAUUCUCUAGUUGAUUUAUUUAUUUGGCGUUCACAAUUUUUUUGUUCAAUAUUAAAUUUUUAUGAAAAUACUGAUCAAAAAUCUUUAUUAACAUUACCAGUCCAUACACUUGCACAAACACAAAUUCAAUUAUCACGAAUGUUAAGACGUUCAAAUCAACUUGAAUUGGCACAAAAUGAAUUAAAUAAGCUUCAUUCUUCAAUAUUAGUUCAUCCAAUAGAUAUACAUUUAAAAUUAGUAGAACAUAUAAAAUGUCUUUUACGCCUUUCAAGUAACGAAUUUAUACAAUCAUCAAGUACAUCAACAACAACAACAUCUUUAAAACGUUCAAUAAAUGCUGCUCAAGAUGCAUUAAUAGAAGCUUUAACGUUAAUUGAAGGCGUACAAUUAAAUGUAUUGAAGAGAGAUCAAAUAUCUCGUUUAAUGAUUUGUAAAGGAAUUGUGUUGAGUAAAUUGGACAAAAGAGAAGAAGCUGGUCGUGCAUUUUCUGCAGCAGCACAACUUGAUCAUGAUUUACUUGGAGGAACAUCUGUAUGGAAACAUUGGGGAGAUUUUUUGACAAGCAUUUUUAUGAGCAAUAUAAAUGAAAAUUCUGCACAAAUAACUGGAAUUCAAGCAAUUGCCUGUACUUUAGAACAUGCAAAAAUUUCUCCAUCACCUUUAAAAGCCCGUUUAUCAAUUGCAAAAUUUUUAUGGUUAAUUAAAAUUUUAACAUCUUUUGGAGGAUCUGAAAAAAUUUUGAUUUCAUUAAAUGAAUUGUUGGAAAAAUAUGUUGAUAAUGAAACAAUAAAUCCUUCAAAUUGGUUAUUUUGGCUUAAUGCACUUUUAAUGGAAGCACAACAAAGACCUUCUCCAGCAAUUUUAAAUAUUUUAAAAUGUAUUGGUAAAGCUUUUCCUCAAAAAAUGUUUUAUGAUUUGAGAAUUGUAUUGGGUUCAAAAAAUGUUACAGAAUAUUUACAAAAAUACAGAUUAUCUCUUCAAAAUAAUAACAAUAGCAACGUUAAUAAUAAUCAUAAUGCUUCUCCAUCUACUAGUAGUUCAUCAAUAAAUGCAACUAUGGAUAACACUGACAAUCAACUUGCUUCAAUUUUAUUUUGUAUUUGUGAAAAUAAUUUUAUUGAAAUUGAUGCAUUAAAUAAAAUUAUGCUUGAUUUUGAGAAUUUUCCAAUUUCCCCGUUAGAAGAGUUAUUAAACGAAUUUAGACAAAUUCUUUCAUCAUGUCAUUUUGAACAAUUUACAAAAUUAGCUGAUCUUACCUCAACAAUAAUUGACUUUAAAACUUUACAAAAAUUAUGCUCUUGUAUUACAAAUUAUUUUAAUUUUGCUAGUGCUUUUACUGAACAAGAUGAAGAAAAAAAGAUUUGUAAAAUAUUACAAGACAAUUUUAUAUUUUUAAAAAAUUAUUAUGAAAGAGAUUACAGUCAGCAACACCAACAAAAACAAAUUUCACUAUUUAGUGUAGCUAGUGCUUUGCGUAAAUCUAUAUUAAAAAUAAGUGAUUAUUUGAAAAAUAAUAUGAUGGGAUCGAGACGUCUUAUUGAUCAUGCAAAAUAUUUGGCAAAAUUCAAAAGUUCGCUAGCAUUAAUUGAUGUUUUUAGUGCAGGUUUUGAUGUUGGUGGUUAUCGAGCUUCAACAACAACAACAACUUCAUCAAAUUGUAACGCACAAAUAGCUUCAUUUUUACCAAUAUUUGAUCAAUUUAUACAUAAUGAAUCAACAAUUUGUCGUGUUAUAAAACUUCGUUCUUUAAAUGGAAAAAUUUAUACUUUUCAAUUAGAAAAUGUUUGUGGAGGAUAUGAUUCUACAAAAAUACAUAUACUUCAAUUAUUUUGUUUAUUAAAUGUUGAAUUUUCAAAAUCUAGGCAUACAGCUCAACGUUUUAUUCAAUUUUGUAUUCCACAAAUUAUUCAUAUUGGUUCAAAUGUUCGUUUAAUUGAAUGUCCACAAAAUUCAAUAACAAAAAUAUCAAAUUCAUCAUCUUGUGAUAAUUUUGUUAUUUUUGGUGAUAUUUUAAAUGAAAUGUUACAAGAAGAAAAACCUUUAUUAACAUCUUCAAAUAUCGUUGAAUAUUAUUAUGGAAGAUUAGCUGAACAAAGAUAUUCGCAUAAAAAUCUUCAUGAAUUAUUUAAUAAUAUUUCUAAUGGUGGAGGAGGAACAGAUUUAUUAAUGGAUAGCAGCAGCAAUAAUCUCAUAAUUGUUAAGCGAGAUUUAUUAUCAAAAUGGAUGUAUUCAAGAUAUACAGAAGCAGAAUCAUUGUGGAAUGCGAGGAAAAAGUUAUCUAUCCAUUUUGCUUUAUUGGGACUUUGUGAAUAUGCAUUUUUCCUUUCAAGUAUGUCACCCGAUGGAUUAAUAUUAAAUGUUUCUACAGCACAAUUAUUUUUUCUUGAUUAUAAAUUUGAUUUGACAAAAAAAGUUUGUGAUACUUUGGCUGGAAAAGUUAGAUUUAUUGAAUUGGAUGCAAAUAGACCUGUACCUUUUCGAUUAACUUGUAAUAUUUCAUAUUUUUUGGAUGCUUCUAUUGAAGGUCAUCUUGCUGGUGCUUUAAUAGCAAUUGCACGUUCAUUUAAUACAAAAACAUUGGAAAUUUGGCUUAGGCCAAUUUUAUGGGAUGUUUUUUCUAAAGCUGCUGAAGAAGACCCAAAAAUGAAUAUUGUUAAUCCUGUUAAACGUGCAGUGGAUACAGUGCUUACUCGAAUUAAAGCAAUUUCGCACAUUGAAAAUGGUUCAAGUGCAACAAGUCAAUUAUUAAUGCAGGCACAACUGUCAGAUAAUUUGUGUAGAAUGGAUCCAUCUUGGCAUCCGUGGUUUUAAAAACUUCAAAAAAAAUUUUUUUUAAAUAUUUGGAAGAUUGGUCUCAAUUCUAAAUUUAUUUUGUUAUUUUAUUUAUUUAUUUUUUGGAGAAGAAUUUAUUUUUACAUUGGAAAAAAAACACAACUACGUUAAUUUUAAUUUUAAAUAAGAGCUUGUUUUAUAGCUUUUGAAAUUUUUUGAAAGUUUGUUUACGUUGAAAGAGGCAUAAAACGCCUGAGAACAUUUUUUCAAAAAUUAUUUCAAAUUGUUCCCAGGCUGAUCGAAAGGCUUGCGCAAAGGGGAAAAUUCUCAUGCGUAUUUAUGUCGUUUGUU